UAGGGUAGGAUAAGUGCAUUAGAAAGAAGAGCCGUCUUGUGCUGCAGAAGACAUUUUAAAACAUUGUUUUAGUUAAUUUUCUUCGCAUCGAAGAUGACCACAGCAGUGGCUUCGCCUUUUGACUUGAGCGAAGUGAUCAACAAGUACAACACCAAGAUGCUGAACUACAAGAACAACAUACUAACCGGCAGUCAUGGAUUGUCGGUGCCCUGCUCCAGUGCCAACAUGCCCAGCUCAACCCUGCUGGACAGGAAGGCCGUUGGCACCCCAUCAGCCAGCAUGUACCAGCGACGGCACUCAGUAACCCUACCCAGCAGCUCCAGACUCAACCACAACCAGUUUCUCAACUUGGCCAAGCCCUCUGACGUAACCCUGCUGAAUGCUGGGUUGAUGGGCCACAGCAAUAGCAGCAUCGGCAGCAUCAACUGCAACAAUAACAGCAGCAGCAGCAGCAACAAGGAGAAUCGCCUUAGGGAGCGCUCCUACUCCGAGACAGGUGAGCGUCUCCUGCAUAAGGGUGGCGCUGGUCUGACCCUUGGUCCCCUCCCCACCUCCCCCACCAGCAAUGGCAACAGCCCCUGCCUGGGCACCCCUACCGGGCAGGUGAACUCCAGCCGCUACAAGACGGAGCUGUGCCGGCCCUUUGAGGAGAACGGCUCAUGCAAGUACGGCGACAAGUGCCAGUUUGCCCAUGGCGCCCACGAGCUGCGCAGCCUGAGCCGCCACCCCAAGUACAAGACAGAGCUGUGCCGCACCUUCCACACCAUCGGCUUCUGCCCGUACGGCCCACGCUGCCACUUCAUCCACAACGCAGAGGAGCGCCGGGGGCCACCGUCCGCGCCCAUCUCGCCCCUCUCGGCCUCCAACGGCAAGAUGGAGCGGCCGCAGCUUCAUCACAGCUUCAGCUUCGCCGGCUUCCCCAGCGCCGGUUGUGCCUCCUCCUCAUCCUCCUCAUGCUCCUCCUUGGGCGGGAGCGCUGGCAGCUACCUGCGGGACGGCCCCACAUCCCUCACCCCGCCUCCCACCUUCCCCGCCGAGGACGAGAUCCCUGAGUGGCCCAGCUCCAACCCCUUCACCUUCUCUGGUCAGAAGCUGGCUAACAUCUUCUGCCCCUCGCUGAGCUUGCCCUCUGGUGACCCUGUGCCAGUGGCUGCAGCCCCCGGCGCUCCCCUGACCUCUGCCGGCCAGGCGCCGCCAUCUCCCACAGGCAGCGGCGGCACGCCCUCAAUGUACCUCUUCAGGGCGGUGUCCGAGUCCCCGCAGCCCUUCGAGUUUCCGUCCAGCCAGACAGACUCUCUGUCGGACCAGGAGGGCUACCACAGCAGCUCGGGCAGCAGCAGCCUGAGUGGCUCCGAGUCACCCGUGCUGGACACCAGCCGCCGGCUGCCCAUCUUCAGCCGCCUGUCCAUCUCCGACGACUAGACGGACAGUUGUGGGGGGGUUAAGAAUGAAAAUUUGGAAAAAAAUGUCAGCACUGCGCAGAUGCUGCCUGCCCUGCCCUGCAAGUCCACUAUGGUGGUAUACACAGGGAGGCAACAGACGCAUGAACACUUAGACGAUCGCUCCUUGCGACCCCCCCCUCGCCACCAGAAGCCCUUACAGCAGAUGUGGGUAUAGGGGUUUAGACUCGCUGUGUCAUUUUCUUUGUUUAUUGUUUUUUUUUUUCCCUUUUCCUUUUUUGUGUCAGGUUAGCCUCUUCAGGAAUUAAUAAGAUGCAGUGAAGUAAGGGAACUCUUCUGUUUUGUUAUUCCUUUUUCAAAAUCUUUUUUUUUUUUUUUUUUUUCUAUUUGAGUAAGAAAAAAAAGGAAGAGAAAUAGACAUGUUUUCUUCUAUUUAGAAGUGCCUAGUGUCUAGCACACCCCUACCCAAGAUCUCAUCUCAUGCCUUAAUGCCUUUGUGUGCCUAUGUGCCAGACAAGCACAGGAAUGCCACAGUAGGAUCAGGUGACAGGAAGAUGGUGGGACGAAAGGUGUUGGUGUUUGGAUAUUGUUAUUAUGUUUUUCAUCGUUCCGUUUUCUGCCUAUUUCUAUUCAUAAACAAUAAGACUGUGUGCUGGGACGUAUGUCAUGGAGGGUGGCCUACUCUCCUUUGAUGGACUCUCGUUGUCUCAUCUGUCACAAACUUGUUUCCUGGACUUGCUAAGCAGACUUCCAACUCCUGCCAGGACCAAACAACACUGCUAUUUUGGCUCAACUUAAAGCUAAAAGGAAACGUAGCAUCUCGAGUGCCUAGGCUUUUUAUGUGUGUGUGAGAGGUGGAUGCACAGUUCAGGCCUGUAAGGACUACUGAUUUCAGUCUUCUUUUUUACCCCCUUGUGUCACACUUUUUUUUUUUUUUUUAUCUUCCCUGAUACACACAGGAACAAAGCUGGGGAUAAGCUAAUGCUUUUUUUUCCCCAGCCCCAGCCCCAGCCCCAGCCCCAUUGCAGUUGCUACCUUCUCCUAUCUGUAUGUCAGUCAGGCGAAAAAAGCACCACAAAUGAAAAUGAGAGUAUCAAGUUUUCCCUCCUCCCCUUUAAACACGCCCCUUUGAAUAAGCUGCCAACUGCGGGGGAAUUCCAGCAUUCCCAUGAUCCUUCAGUAUAUCCUGCAAUUUAAAGCCUUGUGUUGCCCAAAUCUGCUCCAUUCCCCUCCAUACCUCCUCGCAUUCUUCAUCUGUACACUUUCAUUUCCUUUUUUUAUUAUUACUUAUUACGAUUGUUAUUGUUUUGGAAACUUUCACAACUGAAGGUUUUUGCUUGUCACUGCUUAUUUAACUUAUCAAACAUAUUUAUUGGUGAUCAUAUGCAUUUUUUUGUUAAUUGUUUGUAUUUAUCUUGUUAAUGAAACGAUAGAAUAUAUAUUUUCUUUUAUGUUAAAUUAUGAUCUUCCGUAUUAAUCUAAAGAUUGUGAAGACUUGAUAAACUUUUUUCACAGUUUAAUAUAUUGUACUACGAUUACUUGUUUGCAACUACACUUUGAUAAAAAAAAAAAAACUUAAUUUAAAUCAAAAAGUAUGCAUUUUUGCAUUUUGAUUAUUUAUUAAAACGUAUUUCCCGAAUAUUUGACUGCAAGUUUGGCAAAAACCCUGAGUAUUCAUUCCUGUGCAAAGGUAUUUUGACUGUUUGUUUUAUCAGACAGGUUUACUUCAUACCCCUUCCAAUCAUGCCCUGACAAACCACCCUCCAUCCCCAGGUCAAGUUUAGAGCAGAUACUUCUGUCCCAGAAAUUAAGGUCUACAGAACGCACACAUGUACUCUUGCAUGCAUUAUUGCAGGCAUCUGAGUCAUGUGUUGUCCCGAAAGAACCCACACUGUAGGAGAGGGGUGGUGCAGUUCGAACUCAUUCAACCCACCCUUUCUUUGGUGACUCAAUUAGAACAAACAGCUACUCACGUUUGCCAAUUAAUCUCAAACCCUCCCUCUUCAAUUAUGGGACUGACCAAGUGCCAAAUGCAGCCGAGCAGCAGCAAUCCAUUAUGACUCAUGCAUUCAUCACAGACUCUGAAAAAAGACACUGUGUAUCAUGUAGCAUUUGUUUGUGUGAACAGUCAUGUUUGCUUAAAAACAGUUGUUGAGGGUGUGUUUUUUUUAAUUGUCAGAUGAGCGUUAAAGUGAGUGUUUAGUGUUGGCACAAUAAGCAACAGAUUCUGGCCCCAUUAGGUUGAAUCCUGCGCCUGGAUGUCUGGACAUUUCUGCGCUGUCUCUGAUGUUUUAAGUGCCUGUUCGAUACAUUCCGAUGAGGUAAACAGCCCUUGCCUUGCUUUGGGAAGGAGAUGAAUUCUCCAGAAAGCCUUUUUUUUUUGUCAUAGCUGGGUAGCAGUUAACACAGUUGAUGCCAAGAAAGUACCUAAGCUGUUGAAUGUAUAUUUUAUUUUUUAUUUUACAGCAGUUGCUGUUCACUACAAUAAUUCCAUGUGAUUUAUCUCUUUUGUAAUUGCAGUUUGAACCAAUAAACCCAAUUUUUUUCGAGA